CUUAAAAAAAAAUUAAAAAAUAAGUUCAUCGAAAGCCAUCCUAAGAUCUGCAUCUCCACUACGUACAUAUAAAUUCAUCGUCUUCGGAUGAAAAUUUCACAGUACGUAACACUGCUACAGCUCGUUGCUUCGAAUUCGAGAGAGAAGAAAACGACGCGUGAUUCAGUUCUUCACCUGAAUGUUUUCGGAUUCUCAAAGGGUGACGGAAGAUAAUGGGAGCUGCGGGAGUAGGAGCGCCGUCGAGACGCCGCCAGUCAACAGCCGCCACCAGCUGAAGAAGGCGGAGGUUUACGGCGAGGUAUUGCGGCGGCUCAAAAAGUCCGUGUAUCCGGAAGCUCGGGAUAUGGCGUUCGAGGAUCAGCUUUGGUCUCAUUUCAAUCGUCUUCCGGCCAGGUACGCCAUGGAAGUGAAUUUGGACAGGGCAGAGGAUGUCCUCACCCACAAGAGGCUGCUGCAUUUGGCCCGUGAUCCUGCUAACAGGCCCGCAUUCGAAGUCCGUCUGGUACAGGUUUUGCCUGUCUCUGAUGGGAACUCAGGAGCUUCACCCAGUUCAAGUUCUCCAUUAAGGGGAAGCAUCCAUCCACAAACUGCCUUUGGUUCUUCUCCUAAUCUUGAAGCACUUGCACUUCAAACAAGUGCAGAAAUAGAAGUUGGUGAGGAUACUGUCACAAAUGCUAGUGCCAAGAUACCGAGGCCAAUGCAUGAGAUUACAUUUUCCAUGAUUGACAAGCCAAAGAUCCUUAGUCAGUUGACUUCUUUGUUGGCUGAGAUUGGCUUAAACAUCCAGGAAGCACAUGCCUUUUCCACAGUGGACGGUUAUUCUUUAGAUGUCUUUGUUGUUGAUGGUUGGCCAUUUGAGGAGGUUAAACAACUCCGUACUGCAAUUGAGAAGAAAAUAAUGAAGAUUGAGCCUAGUUCUCCCCCCAAGCCACAAUCUUUGCCUCCAGUCAUUAAGCAUGAACAAAUAGAGGUCAAAUGUGAAUUUGAUCAUCUAACAAUACCUAAUGAUGGUGCAGAUGUCUGGGAAAUAAAUCCUGAAUUUUUUAAGUUUGAGUCCAAAUUAGCAUCUGGUUCAUACGGUGAUUUAUACAAAGGUACUUACUGUAGUCAAGAAGUAGCAAUAAAAAUUCUCAAAACUGACCGACUGAAUACAGAACUCCAGAAAGAGUUUGCUCAUGAACUAUAUAUAAUGAGAAAAAUUCGACACAAAAAUGUCGUGCAACUCAUAGGGGCAUGCACCAGACCUCCAAAUAUGUGCAUAGUUACAGAAUACAUGUCUGGAGGGAGUGUCUACGACUAUUUACACAAACAUAAGGGUGUUUUUAAGCUUCCAAAUUUGCUGAAAGUAGCCAUUGAUGUAUCCAAGGGAAUGAACUAUUUACAUCAGAACAACAUAAUUCACCGGGACUUGAAAGCUGCUAAUCUUUUGAUGGAUGAAAAUGGAGUUGUUAAGGUGGCUGAUUUUGGAGUGGCCAGAGUGACAGCACAGACAGGUGUGAUGACAGCUGAAACUGGGACAUAUCGGUGGAUGGCUCCCGAGAAGGAUCCGACUCUGAGACCCGACUUUUGUGAAAUAACUGAAAUCUUACGGAAAAUUUCUAAGGAGACCCUCAUUUUCCUAUGA